UCUCCUCGCAAUCGGACAGCUCGGUGGAGCAAAGCGAGCGAACAUCGCACGGCCAAAUUGAACUGUCAGCUGUAGCAAGACUCCUCUCUCUGCAAAGUACCAACCAACUCGACAGGGACCCGGAAGGCACGAAAGUCAAUCUGAGAGGGCAGCAUGAAUCGCUUUAAGACCUCCAAAUUCAAAAACACCACUCCGAAAAUUGCCAAGAAAGAUGGUUGGAUCAACAAUGUGCGAGCUGGGUCUUUCUCCUGCCAGGGGAACCACAUCAAAGCGAGCUCCAAGAUGGUUGUCUUCAACACUGAGCAGGCUGGUGGAGGUAUGCUGGGACUUUCCUCAGUCAGACCUGGUCCUGAUGGUCAGUGGACAGUCACCCAGCUCUCCUGCCAUUCAGAUCUGGUGACUGAUAUGGACUUCUCUCCUUUCGAUGAAAGUCUCCUGGUCACGUGCUCCAGCGAUGAAACGGUGAAGCUGUGGCGUUUGUGUGAUCCAGAGCUGCAGCAGACCACAAGUCCAGAGCUGACCCUGCAGCCAGGUCAUGGCAGGGUGGAGCUCGUGCUCUUCCACCCCACCUCUUCUGGUUUGCUGGCUGUCGGAGCCAACAAGUCCCCUCUGAUUUGGGACAGCAGCCGGCAGGAUGCACCUCUGGCAGUUCUGGAGCAGCACAGCGACCAGCUGCAGAGUCUGAGCUGGAAACAGGACGGUUCCCUGCUGGCUUCCUCCUGCAAGGACAAGAUGUUGCGAGUAUUUGACCCUAGAGCCCAGCUGAAACCGGUUCAGAGUGCCAAGAGCCUGCAGAACAACAAGGACUCAAGGAUCCUGUGGGUCAAAGACGAUCGUUUACUCACCGCCGGCUUCGAUAUGAUGCGUAGCCGUGAGGCAAGGCUUUGGGACAGCAGGAACCUGAGCUCGUCCAUCAGCUCUGUGACACUCAGCUCCUCCAGCGGGUCGAUGAUUCCUCUUUUUGAUAAUGACACUGGUCUGCUUAUUCUGGCUGGCAUGGGAGACACCGUGGUCGAUUGCUUUGAGGUGUCUACCUCUGAGCCUUUCCUCUCACAAGUGAGCCACUGUCUGACGGACGCUUCAACACGUGGGGUUGCCUUGGUACCAAAGUUUGCGUUGGAUGUCUUUUCCUGUGAAGUGAUGCGUGUUCUCCAGCUGACAGACAGCUGCAUUGUGCCAAUCAGCUAUCAAGUCCCUCGCAAGCAUUCAAGCCAUGAGUUUCAUGAUGAUCUCUACCCUGACACAGUGGGUACAACUCCAGCCAUGUCUGCUGAGGAGUGGUGGCAGGGAGGGAACAAGCAGGUAGAAAAAGUGAGUCUGGAUCCAGCCAAGCAGCCCAAAACAAAGGCUUCACCAACAAAACAGACACCUGCAAAGAAGGAGCUGACCAGUGGGGGGAGCAAGGAGGACACGGCACGUGGCUGCUCCACCUCCAGCAGUCCUUUGAGCACUCCCAGCAGCAGUGCUGCCCCAUCCCGCUCUCCCUCUACCACCUCUGGCCUCUCCUCAGGCUUCCUCCCAAGUCCUAGUCCCAGCCAGAGUGCCAAAGCCAUCCGGAGCAUGCUGGGGCCGACCUCCAAGUACCGUCACAUCCAGGGUUCAGUGAUGCAUCGGGACACUCACAUCACCAACGUGCAAGGCCUCAACUUGACGACACCUGGAGAGUGUGACGGCUUCUCUGUCAACCGCCAACGUGUGGCGGUGCCACUUGCCAUCUCUGGGGGUCAGGUUGCUGUUUUUGAGCGCUCUCAGCCAGGUAAACUACCACACACAGCUCUGCCCACCAUCCAGAACUCUGUCAACGUGGUCGACUUCUCUUGGGACCCCUUUGACACACAUCGGCUAGCUGUUGCUGGUGAUGAUGCAAAGAUCCGGGUGUGGCAGGUACCAGAGGGAGGGCUGACAGAGACCCUGACUGAGCCUGAGCUCAUCUUGCAAGGCCACACAGAGAAGAUUUACUCCAUCAAGUUCCACCCUCAGGCCAGUGGACUGCUGGUGUCUUCAUCCUACGAUCUCUCAGUCAGACUGUGGAACCUGGAGAGCGGAGAUCAAGUCAUGCUCCUCACUGGACACGAGGACCAGAUUUUUGCCAUGGCAUGGAGCCCUGAUGGGAAGCUUCUAGCCACAGUCUGCAAAGAUGGCAAAGUUCGCAUUUAUGACCCCCGCAAGUCCACCGCGCCAGCUCAGGAAGGCCCAGGCCCUGAUGGCCACAGGGGAGCUCGUGUUGUGUGGGUGUGUGACGGCAAGUACCUGUUGGUGUCAGGAUUUGACAGCCGCAGUGAGAGAGGACUCUACCUUUACACUGCCGACUCCCUGUCUUCUGGAGCACUGGCAACCACUUUUCUGGACCUCUCCCCCUCUACACUCAUCCCUUUCUACGACCCUGACACCAGUGUGGUCAUCCUCACUGGAAAAGGUGAUACCAGAGUCCACAUCUUUGAGGUGGCCCCUGAAGAUCCAUACUUCAUUGAGUGCAGCAGUUUUAAUUCUCCUGAGCCACAUAAGGGCUUGGGUUUUCUUCCCAAGACAGAGUGCAAUGUGCGGGAUGUAGAGGUAGCUGUGGCCCUCAUGCUUACCAAAACAACCAUAAUGCCGGUGGCCUUCAGAGUACCAAGAGUCAAGAAAGAGUUUUUCCAGGAUGACGUGUUCCCAAACACGGCAGUCUGCUGGGAACCGACUUUGACUGCGUCUGCUUGGCUGUCUGGCAUCAACAGCCAAAACAAGAAGAUGAGCCUCAAGCCCAAAGACAUGACGCCAGUGAGUGAGGCGCCUAAAGAGGCACCAGUAAGGAAAUACCUACCCUCAUCUGUUUACCUGGAAGAGAAGACUGAUGAGCAGAAAAAAGAGGAGCUCCUCAGUGCCAUGGUGGCUAAGCUGGGAAACAUGGACGACCCUCUGCCACAGGAGUCCUUCGAGGGGGUAGAUGAGGACGAGUGGGAUGACUAAAGAGGAAGCCAUCUUGCCUCAGUUUAAUCCUGGUGCCAAAAACGGAGAGGAAAUGACAAAUCAAGUGUCAGGUUUUUGUGCUGCGGUCUGUGUCAGCAAGGCAGCGCAGCUCACCACUCACUCAAAGAAUAUUGUACAAUGUGAUCAUUUAAACAACUCCUGGGAAAAAAAUCUCAAAUACUGGAACACCUAAUGAUAUCAUAUGUAUCACUUUAUCUGUUAGGGUUUGAAAAAUCGAAUGUCAUGUUGUCUAAGUGGUGUUCAUGGUAUUGGACUGCAUGGAAUUUGAUAUUUGAUUAUUUUCAGCUGUAAUUUGUGGUAUUAUGAGGAAUCAUUGUGGGAUACAGCCAACAUUGUAGAUUGCGAAAAUUGGUGCAGACUGUUACUGUUAUUUACAAAAUCCAACUGACAGGAUCAUGCAACAAUCAAUUUAGAUACUAUUUAUACAAUCAUAUAUUCCAGGUAUCACCUUUCUGAGCUGGUGCAAGUUUAAUUAAACAGCAGGCAAUCAUAGCAAUAAUACUUCUGGUUUAUGUCACCUUAACAGUUAUACUUCAAAUACUUAAUUAAAUAACUGGAUUUUAGCUUCUCUGUACAUAUGUGGUUUAAGUGUGAUAAUACACUCUAAAGUGUCCCGAUAUAAAAGAAUAAUGGCUUCCUCAUAUCUCAGUCUGUUAUUUCUGAUCUCAAGAUACUAUGUUGUGUAUUAUUACAAAGUUGUUAUCUGUGUACACACUUACCUCCACAGUUGACCACUGCUUGCUUUUUUCCAUUUGUCAGCCGUAUGAGCACUCUCAGUCACUAUGUGUCUUUAAAAGAUGGUGAACAAACUGUUAAUACUCUCACUGAACAUCAUGCAUCUGAUAAGAAAUUAAGUCUUCCUGUUUGGUCAGGUAUUCACACAAAAACACACAUAAGCCUUCAGCAGCAAAAACCGCACUGAGGAUACAACAGGGUCACCAGUGUUCAUGUUUUUAAAUGAACUGGAAUUUCUUAUUAAAAAAGUAAUCCGUUUUCUUUUCAUUGUUCACCACUGCUGAAAUAAAUUACAACCUAACAUGAUAUUGCGCUACUGUAUUUGUACAAGUUGGAUUGAUGAAUGUUGUAUGAUCCAGUAGUCUUAUAAUAGUCUUAUGAUUAAGGGUUAAUGAAUUGUCGCUGAUGAAAGCCAAACCACCUUCUUAGUGGACUUUUUUUUUAUUGGGGCCUUUAUAUAUCAGAAAUUAUUGUUUCCUUUCUUUUCUUGUCGGCGGGGGCAGUUGUACUUUGGAUCACGGUGGUUUUCAGACUGUUAGGGAACAUUCUUCACUUGAAUUAGCUAUUUUGUUCUUAUCUUAUGUUAAGUGGUGGUAGGUAAGCAUGGCUUCAAAAGAAAAUAACAGAGUAGUAUUAAGGUUUUUCAUACAACAGCAUUAAAAACCCUCAAUGCUGCCAUAACAGGGUUACAGCAGUCUCGCCAAUAAUCUAGGCUUGAAGUUAGUUUACAAUCUCUGAUGAACUGAGGUGAAUCAUUGAUUCAGCCAUGCAUGGUCGUGCACAUCAGGUUGUAAACAAUAACCUGCAGGUGUCAAUUUUUUGUGUUAUAUACUGAAUGUGCUUAUGAUUCCUCAAUGCUAUUCCAUUCUAAUGUUUGAACCGGAUUAGCUUGCCUUCCAUUGUGUCAAAAAGACCUCCUUUUUAUACAGUGAGUAAAACAUUGUUUUUUGCUGUCUUACUUGAGUAACGGUUUGUGGAUUUUUUUCAAUAUUGUCUUUCAAUAAACACCUUUUGAAAUCA